AGACGUUCAAUGCUUAUAGCCUCCAAGCUCUCGGCCUCGGCCUCUGCACACACGAAAAAAGCACAUAUAAAGGAGAAAAAAAAAAAAAACAGAGACCAAAAAAGUGUGAAUUUUCUUUCUGAUUCUCCGAUUUUCUAAGAUCGAUCGUACCUUUGAUUGUUGGAAAAAAUUGCUCCAAUCGGUGGUAGCUAUCAAAUGUCUCCUUCAGUUUCUUGUCAAGAAAAAGGAAGCAGGAACAAGAGAAAAUUCAGAGCUGACCCACCUUUAGGGGAGCCAAAUAAGAUCAUUCCUGCACCUCAACUUGAGUGCCUCAGUUAUGAAUUCUCUGCUGAGAAGUUUGAAAUAACCCCAGGUCGUGGGCAGGCCACUUCAUGUGACCUGUGUGGUGUUAGCCAAGAUCAUUCUGAUGGACUGAAGCUUGACCUUGGAUUGUAUAGUCCUGGAAGUUCAUCUGAUGUCGGGCCUAGUCAAUCUAAGGAGGAACCCGAGGCAGAUGAAUUCAAUGAUGCUGAUUGGAGUGAUCUCACAGAAGCCCAGUUGGAGGAACUUGUCCUUAGUAAUUUGGACAUCAUUUUCCGGAGUGCAAUUAAAAAAAUUGUAGCCUGUGGCUACACUGAGGAAAUUGCUACUAGGGCCAUCUUAAGAUCCGGCAUCUGCUAUGGAUGUAAAGAUACUGUGUCUAAUAUAGUUGAUAAUUCUUUAGCAGUUCUUAGGAAUGACCAAGGGGUUGAUUCUUCACGGGAGCACUAUUUUGAAGAUUUAGUGCAGCUUGAGAAGUAUGUCUUGGCUGAAUUAGUUUGUGUUCUUCGAGAGGUUAGGCCAUUCUUCAGUAUUGGGGAUGCAAUGUGGUGUUUGUUAAUUUGUGACAUGAAUGUGUCACAUGCUUGUGCAAUGGAAUGUGACCCUUUAAGUAGUCUUGGUACUGAUAGCACUGCUAAUGGCUGUUCAUCUAGCCAAGCAGAAUCACAAUCAAAAGCAGAAAUCAAAGUUCCUGAAUUGAGUCUUUCAAGUCCUAGUAAAUCAAUUCCUGCAGGUUCUCAUAAUUCCCAAUCAAAGAAACCCUUUGUGGCAGGAAUUCAUGGGGUGAACAACUUAAAGGAUUCUCAAAUUAUUGGUGGACCCUCAGAGAUUGUGGGUGCCAGUUCUAGAUCUGAUUGCAUUGAUAAAGCAUUCAACACUGCUGGGACAUCUCAAUCUCCCCUGAUGGAAGAAAAAUGUGGAAGCAUUAGAAAGGUUCAUUCUUCCAGUAGCACCAAGAGGGACUACUUUCUUCGACAGAAGUCAUUCCAUGUGGAAAAAAAUUAUCGUACUUAUGGAUCUAAAGGGUCUUCAAGAGGAGGAAAGCUGAAUGGUUUGAGUGGUUUAAUCUUGGAUAAAAAACUUAAAUCUGUGUCAGAAACUUCUACCAUAAACUUAAAGAGUGCAUCCUUACAGAUAAGUAAGGCAAUGGGUGUUAAUGUGACUCAAGACAAUAUUAAUGUUAAUUUCUCAUCUAGUGCUGGAACUUCUACCACCACUACAUUCAGCCUGGAUUCUUCUGAUACCAUUUCUAGGUCAACCAAUACUUCAUAUACAGCAAAUACUAUACCUAAAUUCAAUAGCCCGGCUUCAUUAUCAGCUACCAAUACAGAUCUUUCUCUCUCAUUGUCUUCAAAAAUCAAGCCUUCUACAGAACCUGUCUGUUGCAAUAAUGAGGCACCUAAUAGUCGUUAUAUGGGGAUACCAUAUGACAAGUCUCUGGAGCAGUGGAUACCCCAGGAUGGAAAGGAUGAGAUGAUUUUGAAACUGGUUCCGAAGAUCCGGGAGCUGCGAAAUCAACUUCAAGAGUGGACAGAAUGGGCCAAUCAGAAGGUUAUGCAGGCUGCUCGUCGGCUGAGUAAGGACAAGGCUGAGCUUCAGACACUAAGGCAAGAGAAAGAGGAAGUUGAACGACUUAAGAAAGAGAAGCAAUCUCUGGAGGAAAAUACCAUGAAGAAGCUUUCUGAGAUGGAAAAUGCCUUAUGUAAAGCUAGUGGGCAGGUAGACCGAGCUAAUGCUGCUGUCCGGAAGCUUGAGGUGGAGAAGGCUGCACUGAGGAAAGAGAUGGAGGCUGCUAAGCUACGUGCUACAGAAACUGCUGCAAGCUGUCAAGAGGUCUCAAGGAGAGAAAAGAAAACACAAAUGAAGUUUCAGUCAUGGGAAAAGCAGAAAUCGUUGUUUCAGGAAGAGCUAAUAAUUGAAAAAAGAAAAUUGGCACAGCUGCUGCAAGAAUUAGAACAAACUAGAAUGCAACAGGAGCAAGUUGAGGCUAGAUGGCAGCAGGAAGCAAAGACGAAAGAAGAACUUUUCCUACAGGCCAGUUCUAUAAAAAAAGAAAGAGAAGAAAUUGAGGAAUCAGGAAAAUCCAAGGAGGAUAUGAUCAAAUUAAAAGCAGAGAGGAAUUUGCAAAGAUACAGAGAUGAUAUCCAUAAACUUGAAAAAGAAAUUGCCCAACUGAGACUGAAGACUGACUCUUCAAAAAUUGCUGCACUGAGGAUGGGCAUUGAUGGAAGCUAUGCCAGUGGAUGUGCAGACUUGAAAAGUGGCACUGCUCUGAAGGAACCCCGAACUUCUUUUAUCUCAGAACUAGUCAUUGAUUGCUCAGUGAGAGGAGGUGUGAAACGGGAACACGAAUGUGUGAUGUGCCUUUCGGAGGAGAUGUCUGUUGUGUUCCUUCCAUGUGCUCAUCUGGUUGUUUGCACAACAUGCAAUGAGCUACAUCAGAAACAAGGCAUGCAAGAUUGUCCUUCUUGCAGGAGCCCCAUCCAGCAGCGUAUUGCUGUACGCUUUCCACAUACUUGAUUUAUUUACUUGAGUGCGUUUUCAAUAAUAAUGUUCAUGGGACUCAUGCAAUGAAUAAUGCGUUUAUGUCAUGCAUCUCAGGAGCUGAGGUACAUUCACUUUCAAUGCCAAGUUUGAUUCUUAAUAGGUGCUGUCUUUUUCUUCUGUGUUUUGAUGUUUUUUUAAUUUGUAUUUUGUUAAAGAAGGUGCCUUGUCUUCCUCAGCUUGUUUGAUAGCAUAAUGGCCAGCUCCUUAUGAUACCCUCUUCGGCCACGACAAGUAUUUUCUUAACUCAAAAAGGUUUAAAACAACGUAACUCUAUUUUGAAGUAAUAUAAUUAUGAGGGCUAUGAACAGUUGAAUGUAAACAGAAUGGAAAUAUCAGUUCUUAUUGUUGGAGGAUAGGAACAACUGAAGAGGGCACGAACAUAAUUAGAAGAUACUGAUGCAUACUAGUUACGUAUUUGGUUGUUUCUCAAGUUGGUUUUUAUUCCUUUCUAGUAUCCUCUUUUACUAUCAGACUACUCGUGUGGAAGCCGAAUACGCAACUUCUAAUCAUCAACAUCAAUCUAUAUGAACACGAUAAAGAAACACUAGUGACCAACCAAAUGUGCCAUCCAUUAUUUUUGUCCGACUGGUCUUUAUGAUUCAAGCAACAAUGAUAAAAUGUGGAGCUCAAAAUCAUCAUGGGUUAUGCAUAGGCCAUAGCACAGUAUUCUUUU